AUUGAAUAAGUCUGAUCAUCGUGAAGACUCACGGAAGUUGUUUGAAUAGCGCAUUCUACUGUGUUUCGUUGCUCCAUUUAAUUAUUUGUAUCUGUCUGAUCCAAAAGGAAAGUAGUGGUAGGCUUGGUAUUUGACUGUCGGAAGUGWCAGAAGCAAACACCUCUUUCUUGAGUUUCGGGCGAAGUGAAUUYUUUCUGCAAUAACUAAAUCGRCAGCCACUAUACGAGGACGAGGAAAGUUGGAUAGAUCUCGAGAAUACCACCAAGCCAAAAAUGCCGAUUCCCGAAAUGCCUGGUACAAGCAAAAAUCCUCUUCGAGGUGCGGUAGAGGUCAUUCCCGUAAGUUUGUUCCUUGCCUYACUAGCUCGCGUAUGUGAGGAAUUUUUUGUCAUGAUAGUGUAUGCUCCCAUCAUCUCACGAUAGAACACUUUAUGUCGUCCAUACUCCAUCCUGUGCUUUKGACUGUGACGCCUUGUUCGUAUGCUAUGUUUUAACAGAACCGGCUAUAUUAUUGUGCCCUGAAAAACAAAGAAACCCUACAAAACCAGAAAAUUUUGAUCCCCAACCCGCAUACAAACAGUACGAGUCCGGACCAAAAGGAGACUGUAUUUUGUUUUCAUAUCGAUGACGAGCUGGUGUACUGGAAUUUCUUUUUGGAUUUUGGUCCGCUUAACUUGGGCCAACUUUGGCGCUUCACAAAAAAACUGAAUAGGCUUUUAGCUCUUGCAGAAAAAGACGGGUCUACUGUCUUGUUUUACUCGACGACACAUCCCAACAAGCGGGCAUGUGCUAUAUUUUUGAUCUGUGCCUGGCAGGUGUUGGAAUUGCAUCGCACUCCAGAUGACGCUAUGUUCGGUUUUUCUGCAACUGCUUACAAUGCUAACCACARCACUGCAAAAACAAACGGAAGCAAUGCUUCAGACGUAAACCGGUCCAAUCCACCGUUGCUACCAUUGAGCGGACUUGGUUCGCAGACCAUUAAUCCAUUGCCGCCSUUUCAUGACGCAAGUCCCUACAAAUGUACCUAUCAACUUACCCUCCGCGAUUGCCUUGGUGCACUCGUCAAGGCCCGUCAAUUCCAAUUUUUCGAUUGGGGCGAUCGAUUCGAUAUUAAGGAGUACGAAUAUUUCGAGCAAGUCGAGGUGCGUAGAACAAAUCAAGUGUGAGAGUGUGGAGGUUCCAAAAAGGACACAUCAGUCCAUUCCAGAAGGGUCAAUCUCAGAGCGUAUUUUGUUGUCUCAUUGCGCCAAUAAWUUUUUUUGCGUGUUUCUUUUCAAUAAAAAUUUUCCGAUAGAACGGAGACUUGAACUGGAUUGUCAAGGACAAGAUUUUGGCAUUUGCAGGACCUUCUUAUGUCAGAACUGUAUCGCCAGAAGGAUACUGUACGCUAAGCCCGGACGAUUACAUUCCCUACUUCAAACGCAAAAAUAUUGGCUUGAUUGUGCGGCUGAAYGAGAAAAAAUACGAUGAAACUCAAUUUAUCAAUGCUGGUAUGGAUCAUUUUGAAGAGGUCUAUACAGAUGGAUCAUGCCCGCGCAUGGAAGUACUCCAACGUGUGCUAGCUGCUUUUGAAAAACUUCCCAACGACAAGGGCUUUGCCGUUCACUGCAAGGCAGGGCUCGGGAGGACGGGGACCUGCAUCGGCGCCUAUCUUAUGAAACACUAUCGAAUGACAGCGAAGGAAGUGAUCGGAUGGAUGCGAAUAUGUCGACCGGGAAUGGUCAUCGGGCCCCAACAAGAAUUUCUUGAAUAUAUACAGUCCAUCAUGUGGCAACAAGGAGACGCAAUGCGGACAAAAUCAUCUCAGCUAACUUCCCCCCUUCCAUUGCUUGCGCCACGCCACAAACACAUCACGAAUCUUCACUCUGCAAUUCAUUCAUCCUCGCCGUCCUCACGAUCGACAUCUACUGCGACGACUGUCCCAGAGAGUCCGUCAUCGUUSGUUCUGGACAAGACYAGCAGCCACGAGAUUGGWCAGGAGAUUAUUCUGGGAGGAUCAACAGGAUACGACCACCUCGAAGGAGAAUUAGAAACCGCUUACGAGCGAGAAAGGCUUGAAGGACGACCGGGCCAAGCAGAAGGAUUGCUAGCYGCGCGACAAAACCGCAAUCGGGAGCCGAUCCCUCCACAAUCUCCGCAACCUCGAGGUCACGAACAAAGCAACAGCAAUGAUAGCAAGACUGCAAUACCCGUUACACCCGAUACCAGAGCCACGUCGACGACAUCGUCAUCAUCAACAUCCUUAUGGAGUCGGGCAUUUGCCUAAUAUCAAUGGGAAAGACUUGAAACAAAAAGGGGAGGAAGGGGCUUCGAUUAUUGGUUACUUGGCGAUUGACUCAAGAGCUAUUACUUACUUACAAUCGUUGUAAAUUAUUGGGUUUUUCCAAGAAAGAUCCAUCUUGUGCGAACUGAUUUCAUCAGUAAAYGUGCCAAAGAAACAAUAAUAUGUAUCAUAAUAAAAACGUAAUGCAACU